CGCCUCCCCCAGUUUGCUCCCCCCUAAUUCCCUCCCUGUUAAUGUGCUCCCCCAAUCCACUUUCCAAACCUCUCCCCCAUCCCUGCUGCCUCCCCACUCUCUGUCCCCAGGACCUCAAGGGCCAGUACUGGACGGACGAUGACUCCGACGGGGAUAACGAGUCCGAGGAGUUCCUCUAUGGCGUGCAGGGGACCUGCGCCGCCGACCUGUACCGGCACCCGCAGCUGGACGCCGACAUCGAGGCCGUGAAGGAGAUCUACAGUGAGAAUGCUGUGGCUGUCAGGGAGUAUGGGACCAUCGAUGACGUGGACAUCGACCUCCAUGUGAACAUCAGCUUCCUCGAUGAGGAGGUGGCGACAGCAUGGAAGGUGCUGCGGACGGAGCCCAUCGUGCUCCGCCUGCGCUUCUCCCUGUCCCAGUACCUCGAUGGCCCCGAACCGUCCAUUGAGGUUUUCCAGCCGUCCAACAAGGAGGGCUUCGGGCUGGGUCUGCAGCUGAAGAAGAUCCUGGGCAUGUUCACAUCCCAGCAAUGGAAACAUCUCAGCAACGAUUUCCUGAAGACCCAGCAGGAGAAGCGGCACAGUUGGUUCAAGACGAGCGGCACCAUCAAGAAGUUCCGUGCUGGUCUCAGCAUCUUCUCACCCAUCCCCAAGUCUCCCAGCUUCCCUGUUAUCCAAGAUUCAGUGCUGAAGGGCAAGCUGGGCAUCCCUGAGCCUCGUGUGAACCGCCUGAUGAACCGCUCCGUGUCCUGCAUGGUGAAGAAUCCCAAGGUGGAAGUUUUUGGCUACCCACCCGCCAGCACCCAGGCAGGUGUUGCCCCCUUCAACAUCCUGGUCGGUGGCCACUGCAAGAACAUCCCCACGCUGGAGUACGGCUUCCUCGUCCAGAUCAUGAAGUACGCAGAGCAGCGGAUCCCAACGCUCAACGAGUACUGCGUGGUGUGUGACGAGCAGCACGUCUUCCAGAACGGCUCCAUGCUGAAGCCAGCUGUGUGCACCCGGGAGCUCUGCGUCUUCUCCUUCUACACCCUGGGCGUCAUGUCCGGCGCGGCUGAGGAGGUGGCCACCGGUGCUGAGGUGGUGGACCUGCUGGUGGCCAUGUGCCGCGCUGCCCUCGAGUCUCCUCGCAAGAGCAUCAUCUUUGAGCCUUACCCCUCUGUGGUGGACCCCAACGACCCCAAAACUCUGGCCUUCAACCCCAAGAAGAAGAACUAUGAGCGGCUGCAGAAGGCUCUGGACAGUGUGAUGUCCAUCCGGGAGAUGACCCAGGGGUCCUACCUGGAGAUCAAGAAGCAGAUGGACAAGCUGGACCCCCUGGCACAUCCUCUCCUGCAGUGGAUAAUCUCCAGCAACAGAUCCCACAUUGUCAAGCUGCCUCUCAGCAGGCAGCUGAAGUUCAUGCACACCUCCCACCAGUUCCUCCUGCUCAGCAGCCCCCCGGCCAAGGAAGCCCGGUUCCGCACGGCCAAGAAACUCUACGGCAGCACCUUCGCUUUCCAUGGCUCUCACAUUGAGAACUGGCAUUCCAUCCUCCGCAAUGGGCUGGUCAACGCCUCUUACACCAAGCUGCAGGUACUGCUCUGCUCCCUGCACCCAGCGCACCCCAGGGCAGCAGGCGGGCAGGGAGGGGGCAGGAAGGCAGGGAGGGGGCAGACACUGGGAAUUGACAGGCUUCCUCCACUGCUGCUGUGCCCGAGCUGUUGGGGUGAUCCCACCAUGCUCACCCUGGUAUUUUCCUGCAAGCUGCAUGGAGCAGCCUAUGGCAAGGGCAUCUAUCUGAGCCCCAUCUCCAGUAUUUCCUUUGGAUACUCAGGAAUGGGGAAAGGGCAGCACCGGAUGCCGUCGAAGGAUGAGCUGGUGCAGCGGUACAACCGGAUGAACACGAUCCCCCAGACCCGCUCCAUCCAGUCCCGCUUCCUCCAGAGCCGCAACCUGAACUGCAUCGCGCUUUGCGAAGUGAUCACCUCCAAGGACCUGCAGAAACACGGCAACAUCUGGGUCUGCCCUGUCUCGGACCACGUCUGCACACGCUUCUUCUUUGUGUAUGAAGAUGGCCAAGUGGGAGACGCCAAUAUCAAUACUCAGGACCCCAAAAUCCAGAAGGAGAUCAUGCGUGUGAUCGGGACUCAGGUGUACACAAACUGACUGGCGGCAGUGACGGGGGGACCCGGGACCCCCGGGCCCUGAGUGAGCCCCGGGCGAGGCUGGGCAGGGGCCGAGCGGGUUUGGAGCCCCCCAGGCAGGGCAGAGCUGGGGCAACACUGGCACCCUGUGAGCACCAGGCGGGUUCAGCCGUCCCUUGUCUCCUCCCUGUCCCCUCCCCACUGUCCCCGACCCUGUGGCAGCGUGGAGAAGGAGCCGUGGGUCCGGCGUGGCUGGGGCCGCCCCUCUUGGCUUUGGCAGUGACGGUGUUUUUAUCAAUGGUGAGAAACUGAAGCAAAAAAAAAAAACGACCAACCAAAACAAACCCAAAAACAUAGGCAAAAAAAAAAAAAAGAAAAGGAAUUGGUGUUUGUGGAUUUAACUGAGAUUAAAGUGUGGGGCAUGGGAAGGGGAAGCUGGGGAAGGGAUGGGGGCACGGGGAGGGAGUG